AUCUUCCACUCCAAUUUGCAGCCAAUGUGAAUCUUCCUUUGAUAUUCCCUUAAGAAAUAUCUUCAAUGGAGUCCAUAGGAUUCUUAUUGUUUCGUAGGCUUCAAGCUUCUUCUUGCUUCUUCUUCUUCCUCCUCUUUCUUUUGCUGUUCGCCAUCUCUAUAUCUUUGAUCUUCUGUGUGUUUCUCUGGUUUUCGAGACGUAAGCUCUUGUGCCAAUGCCACAUUUGCAAUAGUUACCGCACGUCCAGUUGGGCAAAUGAAUUCAACAACCUCUGUGACUGGUUCACUCACCUCCUCAAGAAGUCUCCGUCCCAAACUAUUCACAUCCAUGUUCUGGGCAAUGUCAUUACCGCGAAUCCGGAGGUGGUCGAGUACAUGCUCAAGACGAGGUUCGACAAUUACCCGAAAGGGAAGCCUUUCUCUAUGAUCCUUGGCGAUCUUCUCGGCAAGGGCAUUUUCAAUGUCGACGGAGAUUGGUGGAUGUUCCAAAGGAAGAUGGCGAGCCUCGAGCUGGGGAGCAUCUCUAUCCGGUCUUACGCAUAUGAGACCGUCACCAAAGAGAUAGAGACCCGGCUCCUCCCGCUUUUGUCGUCGGCGGCUGAGGACGAGAAGAGGAUCUUGGAUCUACAGGACGUUUUCCAAAGAUUCUCCUUCGACAUCAUUUGUAAUUUUUCUUUCGGGGUAGACCCAGGAUGCCUCGAGUCUUCCAUGCCCAUUUCUAGCUUUGCCGAGUCGUUCAACCUCGCAACAAAGUUAUCGGCGGAGCGAGCGCUUGCGAUCACUCCAUUUGUGUGGAAGAUGAAGAGGCUACUCAAUGUCGGUUCGGAGAAGAAACUCAAUGACGCUAUCAAAGUAGUCAAAGUCCUCGCAAAGGAUGUCAUAUCGCAGAAGAGGAAGUUAGGGUUUUCCAACCACCAAGAUCUUCUUUCGAGAUUCAUGGCUUGCGUCAACGACGACAAGGAUCUAAUAGACAUUGUCAUUAGCUUCAUCCUAGCCGGUCAGGACACGAUGGCCUCGGCAUUGUCCACCUUCUUUUGGCUGCUCGGGACACAUCCCAAGACUGUGUCGAGGAUUCGGAGCGAAGCGAAGGAAGUCAUCAACGGGGAUCAAGAAUUUGUGAGUUUUGAGCAAAUAAGGGGACUGCAUUAUCUGCAUUCGGUGGUAUAUGAAAGCUUGAGAUUAUUCCCACCCAUUCAAUUCGACUCCAAAUUUGCCCUAAAGGAUGAUGUACUUCCAGACGGAACGUUUGUUAAGCAAGGCACAAGAGUUACUUACCACCCUUAUGCAAUGGCCAGGAUGGACCAAAUUUGGGGGUCCGAUUGCAUGAAAUUCGAGCCCGAGAGGUGGAUCGAAGACGGCAAAUUUUGCCCCCCGAACCCGUAUAAGUACCCGGUUUUUCAAGCUGGGUCAAGGGUUUGCCUGGGGAAGGAAAUGGCUAUAGUCGAGAUGAAAAUCGUGGCGUUAUCAGUUUUACGAAAGUUCGAUAUCUUGGUCGUCUCGCCAGAGGACGGACCCCAGUUUAGUCCGGGCCUCACGGCGAUAAUGAAGGGUGGUGUUAGGGUUCAGGUCAAGAAGAAAAGGGACACUCCACCCCGGGAGGAAAAUUGAUUUCACAACCUAAAAUUGGUUAUGGGAUGGAUGAGUUUCAGUGAGGAACAGUCCUGCAAAGGAAUGCAAGAAACGUCAAUGUUGUGAAAGGGGAUGUCUUUAGGUGCAAAGGUGGUCCAAAAACAAAGGUAAAAGAAAAGAAAGAAAUGAUGCACGGUACAGAAAUUGUCCCAAUAUAAGGUGGUAGUAUAGUUUAUUCCGGAAAAGGGAAUUGCUUUAUUAAUAGUAAUCACUGGUUCCAGAAAAUUUUUCGUGCUUUUUUAUCUACUUAUUGAAAGUUUGAUACCAUGAGGUUGGUGGGACUAGCUGGUUGAAUAUCACAAAGGUCUUAAACUACUAGUUUAAUGUA